AAUCCAAUGACUAUAAAUUAAAAAAUAAAUAAAAUACACUUUAUGACUUAAGAAGUGAGACUCAAGUAUAAAAUACGAAGAAUAUGAGUCUAUUUUUUAUUUUUUUUUUAAAAAUAGAUUUUUUCCUGUAAAUUUCCCUAUAAUCUAAAAUUCCUUAUUUCACGGUACUUAAACGUACCCGUCCAUCGAGGCAAAUCGAACAUUCGAGGUGAGAUUGGUCAUUUUCGACAAAAGGCAAUGGUAUUUAGGUCAGGUGUUCAACUCGUAGAAAUAUGCGUUCCACGACUCUCACCCUCCAUCAAACGCGAGUUCAAAUGGGGUCUUUCAGAAACCCGUGCCAAUGGCAGUUUACAUGGGAAGCUUUCUGUCACAACUCCUUUCUUCGCCUCUUCCUUUUCACUCCCUCUCUCUCUCUAAAAUCCCACUACUUCUCCAAUAUAACUGCAACUGUAGAAACCCUUAAAUCCCAUUCAAAUGCUUAUAGUUUACAGACCUUGCUGGUUCGGUGGUUAGAGGAAGAGGAGACCUCCUAUAAUGGCAAUCACCUUGUUGAUGUUUCCCUUAGGGUUCCUGUACCAAGGGUUUUGUUGGACCUAGGGUUUCCUCCUGAGGUGAAGGUCUUGGAGGGCUAUGUAGAGAUUAAAUUGGUUUUGCUUCUUCCUGUUGAUCACCCUCUGGUGAAUGAUUUCAUUGCGGUUUCACAUGAUUGUGACACAGAGGAUCAAGAAGGAAGCAUAGAUGGGAUUAUGGAUACCGAUAUAAAUAAACUAUCCUCCAUGGGGGAAGUUCACUUUUAUUGCAAGAGUUGUUCGAUGAAACUAACAAGACAAUCUCUCAGAUCAUUUGUGGAAAUGCCAUCCGUGAACUGGCGUGAAUCAGCUGAUAAUUGGUUUGGAUCCUGUUGCUGUUCAUUUGGAGGUGCAAGUGAGAAACUGGCAUCUGUAUAUGAAAAUUCCUUGUAUUGUAUGAAGGGUAUAUGCCAUCUAGAUUGCACAUCUGUUGUUAUUUGCAAGGACGAUCUUACUGAUCAUCCAUUUUCUGAUAAUGAAAGUAAAACCAAGAAGCAUGAAGCUCAGAUUGAUCCUGUCAACACAAACAAAUUCACUGGUCUUAACCUAGAAUCUGGGAAACUUGAAAAACUCGGUCAAUUCUGUGGCAAUGAAUGUGCUGGCAAUGGUCAUUUUUUUGAAGAGAUGGUAAAAUCCUUGACUGUUAAGGAGAGUUCAGUUGGAUUUCUGGGAGCAAGAGAACAUGGAGAGGGAAAUAAUUUUAAUUAUUCAAAUGCCUCUUUGGGUAGUGGAUUUAUCAUUAGAGUCUCCAGUACUGCAAAUAGCGUUCGUUGGACUGAAUUUUUGUGUGCUCAGUGCUCCUUGCUUGUUGGAUCAUAUCCUUCUGUUGGAGAGGACAAGUUCCCUCUUGAUGAUGGAAUUCGGUUGUUCAAAUGCCAUAUCUCGACUAGUGAUAAGGUUGGUGGACCAGAUGACAUAUUCAGGAACCAUACUCUGCAAAGGGUGUUUGUGAAGCACCUUUUAGAUAGUGCAAGGGAUGAAGUAUCAUAUCGCACAGUGAUAAGGGAUAUAAGAACAAAAUUGCCAGUACUGCAGCUCAUUCUCGUAAAUCCAAAAGUUUGGUCUUGUACUGGAAAUUGCUGGGAUACUAAUGGGGAUAUUGGAGAAGCUGCUUUGCCACAUGUUAAACCUGUCGUGAAGGUGCUCUUCCGUGAUCAUGACUUAACUACCAAGGAUGAGUCAAGGCUAGUAGAUGAAUGGUCCACAAAGAUGGAAGCAGAUGAAAUAUAUAUGAUGACACAGGAUAUUAGAGAUUUGGUGGCAUUCUUGAAAUCAGCACAGGCAAGAUUGCCAUAUUCUUGUUCUUUGUUGCAGGGAAUGUUUCUGUCAUACUUGGAGAGCCUUUGGUGUUGACACGCAUCUUGCUCGCUGGAAUUCUUGGACCUCGUUAAUAAUGCUUUCUUCAACCUCCGGCACAACUUUUAUUUGCACUCUGUCGUGUCCUAUGUAAAUGUACUUGUAUGAGUACUUUACCACUUUUAUACUAGAGCAGACUUCAACAUUUAUAUGACAGUUGUAACGGAGUAGUAAUUUUGAAUUGUAUGGGACUAUCCAAGUGUUA